ACCGCGGCUGCACAGAGUCUGAAGCAACGACUGGGAACGCAUAUCACGUGAACGCGCUGCCGGACUGCGAAAUGGUCGCACUGACGACAGCAUGCCUAUUUAUCCUUGUAAGUCCGUGGGCGCUAGCGCAAUUUACCUCGGCCGGUCGUUACAGCCCCGACUGGUCGUCGCUGGACACUCGCCCUCUACCGUCGUGGUUCGACGAUGCCAAGAUCGGCGUGUUCAUCCACUGGGGCGUGUUUUCGGUGCCCAGCUUCGGGGGCGAGUGGUUCUGGCACAGCUGGCAGGUUGGAAAUCCCUCGCACGUGAACUUCAUGAGGCGCAACUACAAGCCGGGCUUCAAGUACCAGGACUUCGCUCCGCAGUUCACGGCCGAGUUCUUCAACCCCAAAAGCUGGGCCGACAUCAUCGCCAAGUCGGGAGCGCGGUACGUGGUACUCACAAGCAAGCAUCACGAAGGAUUCACGCUUUGGCCCUCGAACGUCUCGUGGAAUUGGAACGCCCAAGACAUCGGGCCGCACCUGGACCUGGUGGGAACUCUGGCCGACGCCAUAAGGCGCCGAGGGGGUAUGCGGUUUGGCCUGUACCACUCCCUCAUGGACUGGUACCACCCGCUCUACUUGGCCGACAAGGCGUCCAACUUUUCGACUGCUUUGUUUCCGCCUGCUAAGACACUCCCGGAACUGGUGGAGAUCGUGGAAAGGUACCGUCCAGAUAUUGUGUGGUCUGACGGCGACUGGGAAGCGUCGGACACUUACUGGGACAGCACGUCUUUCCUCGCCUGGCUUUACAACGACAGCCCAGUCCGCUCAACCGUCGUAGUCAACGACCGCUGGGGCAGAGAGGCCUUGUGCAGGCACGGAGGCUUCCUCACCUGCCGAGAUCGGUUCAAUCCGGGUGUGCUGCAGCGACGCAAAUGGGAAAACUGCCUGACGAUCGACAAGUACUCCUGGGGUUACAGACGCGACGCGAACCUCUCCGAGUACCACACCAUUGGCGAGCUCCUCGACAUCUUGGCGAGCACGGUGAGCUGCAACGGUAACCUGUUGAUC